GGCAGAAACUCUCCAGAUGUCUUCCAGUAGUGACAAGGUUUAUAUCCCAAUAUUACAAAGAAACACCAGAGACCUUCCUGCAAUGACUACAAGUGACCUGAAGACACGUAAUGAAAGGACUGUGUUAAGUUUUCAUAACCUCUCCUAUCAAGUAAAAAUGAAGAGUGGCUUUCUCCCUGGUCAAAAAACAGUUGAGAAAGAAAUAUUAUCAAAUAUCAGUGGGAUCAUGAAACCAGGCCUGAAUGCCAUUAUGGGAACUGCAGGAGCAGGCAAAUCUGUAUUAUUAGAUGUCUUAUCAGCAAGGAAAGAUCCACAUGGAUUAUCUGGAGAUGUUUUGAUAAAUGGAGCACCUCAUCCUGCUGAUUUUAAAUGUCAUUCAAGUUAUGUAGUACAAGAUCAUGUCAUGAUGAGCACGUUGACAGUGAGAGAAAACUUACAGUUCUCGGCAGCUCUGCGACUUCCAAUGACUGUGACAAAUCUUGAAAAAGAAGAGAGGAUUAACAAAGUCAUUGAAGACCUGGAUCUGAAUAAAGUUGCAGAUUCCAAAGUUGGUGAUCUGUCUGGAGCAGAGAAGAAAAGGACCAGUAUUGCCAUGGAACUAAUCACUGACCCUUCUAUCUUGUUCCUGGAUGAGCCCACUAAUGGUUUAGACUCUAGCACGGCACAUGCUGUGCUUUUACUCCUGAAGAGGAUAUCUAGGCAAGGAUGUACAAUCAUAUUCUCCAUUCAUCAGCCUCGGUAUUCCAUCUUCCAGUUGUUUGAUAGCCUCACCUUACUGGCUUCGGGAAAAUUAGUGUUCCAUGGACCUGCACAAGAGGCUGUGCAGUACUUUGCAUCAGUAGGCUACCAUAAUGAGCCUUACCGCAACCCUGCAGAAUUUUUCUUGGAUAUCAUUAAUGGAGUCUCCUCUGCUGUUGUGUUAAGUAGCGAUGAAGAAGACUGUGAAGCAAAUGGGAUUGAAGAACCUUCUAACAGUGACAAACCAGUCAUAGAAAAAUUAGCUGAGUAUUAUGCUGACUCCACCUGCUACAGAAAAAUAAAAACUGAAUUAGAGACAUUCUCAGGUAGUCUGAAGAAGAGGAAUUUUGGAGAUCAAAAUUCCAGGAGAAUCACCUAUGCCACCUCCUUUUUUCAUCAGCUCAGAUGGAUUGCAUGGCGUUCAUUCAAAAACUUACUGGGCAAUCCCCAGGCCUCUGUAGCUCAGGUAAUCGUCAUAAUGAUAAUGGGAUUGAUUAUAGGUGGCAUCUUCCUUGUGCUAAAAAAUGAUUGUAAUGAAAUCCAGAAUAGAGCCUUGGUCCUCUUUAUGCUGACCGUCUAUGAGUGUUUCAGCAACAAGUCAGCUGGGGAGAUCUUUGUGGUGGAGAAGAAGCUCUUUAUACAUGAAUAUAUCAGUGGAUACUACAGACUCUCAUCUUAUUACUUUGGGAAAUUACUAUCUGAAUUAUUACCUAGGAGGUUGUUACCAAGUGUUUUAUUUACUUGUAUUCCAUACUUCAUGUUAGGAUCAAAACCAGUGCUAAAGUCUUUCUUUACCAUGAUUUUUACCCUUAUGAUGGUGCGUUAUUCAGCCAGUUCCUUGGCACUGGCCAUAGCAGUGGGUCAGAAUGGGGUAUCCAUAACAACCCUUCUCAUGAACAUCUAUUUUCUCUUUAUGAUGAUUUUUUUGGCGAUGUCAUUGUAUUUUGAAACCAUGGCACCUCAGCUCUUGUGGCUUCAGUACUUCAGUAUUCCUCAUUAUGGCUUCAUGGCUUUGCGGCACAAUGAAUUUUUGGGACAAAUCUACUGUGCAGGACUCAAUGCCACAGAAAGCAGUAACUGUCUCAACUAUAUAAUAUGUUAUGGUGAUGAAUACUUGACAACCUAUGGCAUUGAUCUCUCAACUUGGGGGUUAUGGCAGAAUUAUGUGGCUUUGGCUUGUAUGAUAAUUAUCUUCCUCACAGUUGCCUACCUAAAAUUACUGCUUCUUAAGAAACAUCCUUAAAUUCCUCCCAAUUUACCGUAAAUUUACCCCCACAUUAAAAAGCAACUUGAUUUAUUUUAAAUAUUCAAUGGUUUAUUUUUGUUGUGGUGGUCUUACGUUUAUUUGCUAUCAUACAAUGUAUGCAACUAAUCAGGUUCCUAGUUCAAGCUACUAGAAAGCUUAGCCCUAACUAGGCUAAAAUUGUAGACCAGUUUGUGCACUUUUUACUCUCAUUGUGAUUUGUUAUUUGCACUUUAGUUUUGCUUUACUCUUUGCUUUGACUACUUUAUAUUCAUGCUACUUUACUUAUACUUCGGGAUAUUAGUACAUAAGGGAAGGGCAGGUUAGGGAAGGGGAAAAGAGAACAAAUGAGAGAGAUUUGUAAUAUCACACCACUUACUGUAGUCCAUGACUUGUCAUGGGUGUGGAUUUCCAUCAUCCUCCCUAAGACAAAUCUGCUUUCUCUUUUUCUGAAUUGUCUCAUCUGCUGAAGAUCAUGUUCAGUCAGUUGUUGGUCCUUACAUUGGUCAGACUUGUCAAACAUUCCUUCAAUUUCCAUAUCAGUAUGGAUGUUCCUCCUGAAGUUACUGAGAAGAUACAGAUAGAUUCAUCCUGUGCAUAGUCCAAACCAAACACAGAGACAUCAAAAUUUAGGAAAAAUGGAGAAAGUGUUGAACAGGACUAGUUUUGAUUUUAUAGCAUCUUCCAGAAGUACACUUGACACUGGAAAAUGAGUAUCUUUAUUUGGAUAUUUGCCAGAAACACUCUUGUCACCAAGCUUUUAUCUCUAGAUGGAGG